AUGGCCUUCCCCCUCUUCUCCCCUCCGUCCACAAUCCUCCGCCUAGGCCUGGGCCUCGGCAUCGGUCUCUCCGCAGCAACCCUCCACCCACUCUCCCCCUUCCGCGCCGCCCCAAUCCGAUGCGAAUACGGUGCGUCUAAUCAUCGAACGGACGGGCUGGCCAGCGCAGAGACCGGGUGGGCUGUUCACCCCAAUGAUGCCACUCUGCAGAAACCGGGGAUUGCGACGCAGGCCAAGAAUGCCCUUUUGACGCCGGAUAAUAUGCGCCAGAUUAGUUUGGGUAGUGUAUUGGGUCUUGUCGCUGGUGUGGGGUUGAGGGCUUUUUCGAGGGUUUUGGUUGUUCUUUUGGGCAUGGGUCUUGUUCUUGUUGAGUGGGCUGCGUCGAAGGGCUAUAACAUCCUUCCUCUCAACCGAUUGCAAAAAUACGUCAAGAAUGCUGAUUUGCGCCGGAUGGUGUCUGAGAAUCGGCCAUUCAAGAUCAGUUUUGGUUUGAUGAUGGCAACGGCUGCCUUUGCGCAGUUCUAA